AUGACGAUGAAAAUUCCGGACAAUACUCAAAUACCAACACCAGUGUAUCGUGAAUACGACAAUCAAGGAGAGGAACAUGAAGUUCCACCACCACCGUACACCGAGGAAGACUUCAAGGGCUCAAUACCUGAAAUUGGCACUACUGACACAAAUGAGGAAGGUCGCAUUGACAUUGACCUCAACUCAAGACUCACGAAAACACUCAUCAAGCUGGUACCCGAGAAUGAGCACGAUGGACCACGCUUGAGCCGUAGAUACACCACCAGCAACUUAUGGUCCGUUCGUUUGAAUAUUGUCAUUCAAGUUGUUGGCAGUCGGGGCGACGUGCAGCCAUUCAUCGCUCUGGGCCAGGAGCUGCAAAGAUACGGGCAUCGUGUGCGAAUAGCAACACACGACACUUUCGAGGCGUUUGUCCACGAGUCCAACUUGGAGUUUUACCCGAUUGGAGGCGACCCCAAAGAGCUGAUGGGAUAUAUGGUCAAGAACCCGAGUCUGAUACCCUCAAUGAACAGUAUUCGAAAAGGAGACAUCCAGCGCAAAACAGAAAUGAUCAGGGAUAUGCUGUAUGGCUGCUGGUACUCGUGUAUCGAGCCCGAUCCGCAGUCCAAGCAACCGUUUGUGGCUGAUGCUAUCAUUGCCAAUCCGCCUAGUUUUGCACACGUACACUGCGCGCAAGCACUCGGAAUUCCGCUCCAUCUGAUGUUCACCAUGCCCUGGAGUAGCACGCGAGCAUUCUCCCAUCCACUGGCAAACUUCAAGGGUGAUAGUAUCUCGCCCGCACGGAUUAAUUACGCCUCGUAUGGGAUUUUCGAGUGCCUCACCUGGCAAGGACUCGGCGACGUCAUCAAUAGCUUCAGGCAUGAUCUAGAUCUAGAGCCUGUACCGCUAUCUGUCGGACCUGUACUCGCCUCAGCACUCAAGAUCCCCUUCACAUAUUGCUGGUCACCAGCACUGGUACCAAAACCGGCGGAUUGGCCGGAACAUAUUGACGUUUGUGGCUUCUUUUUCAGAGAACAAACACCUUACAUGCCACCUGACGACAUAGACCGGUUUUUGCGUAAUGGUCCCGCGCCAGUGUACAUUGGCUUUGGUAGCAUUGUACUGGAAGACGCUGCGAAGAUGACGGAAACCAUCGUAGGAGCUGUGCGCCAGCUAGGCAUCCGAGCAAUCAUCUCCAAGGGCUGGAGUAAUCUUGGAGGCAACUUGCUAAAUGACAAUGAAGAUAUACUCUUCAUCGGAGAUUGUCCUCACGAAUGGUUAUUCCAGCAUGUUACGGCUGUGGUGCACCACGGCGGGGCAGGCACAGCUGCAUGCGGACUCCGCAAUGCCUGUCCUACAUUUGUGGUACCGUUCUUUGGAGACCAGCCAUUCUGGGGAGAAAUGAUUGCAGCCUCGGGCGCGGGACCCAAGCCUAUCCCUCACAAGCUUCUCACGAGCGAAAACCUGACACAAGCCAUACAAUAUUGCUUCACGUCUGAAGCCAAGCACGCAGCUCGAAGCCUCUCCUCACAAAUGGAAAACGAGCGCGGUGUAGAAGCAGCAUUGCAGUCGUUCCAUGCCAAUCUGCCUCUGGAAACAAUGCAAUGCGCACUCCUCCCCGCCAUGGUGGCAUCCUGGAAAACGAAGAAAAAUUCAAUUCGCCUCUCCAAAGUUGCAGCCCAGAUACUGAUUGACCAGGGUAUCCUCUCACAGUCAGAUCUGGAAAGCUAUGCCACCUGUCCGUUUACCAUUACGAAUCAGCGUUGGGACCCCUUGACUGGCUCGACGUCUGCUGUUGUCGGUAUAGUAGGCGACAUGGGUAUGGCGAUGAAAGGCAUGACCAUCGAUCCCUUCACGGGACCCAAACGCCAAAUUCCUUCUCCCUCAUCCUCUUCGGAGCCGCUGCAAAAGCCAGGUGGAGGGGCAGUUGCAUACCGUAUGGCCGAGGAUGUAUCGAAAGGGUUUGGUAAAUUCGUUGGUACUUACGUCAAGGGCGCCCUGGUUGAUUUGCCGCUUGCGACGGCAGAAGGCUUCCGCAAUGUUCCCAAGCUAUACGGUGAGGAAGUCAAAGACCACGGUGAAGUCACUGGCGCUCUUUUCGGUCUGCAAGUCGGCGGCAAGAAUUUCGUAUAUGGCUUUGCGGGUGGUCUAGCGGAUCCCUUUCGCCAGACCUACGAAGGCGGUAAGAAAGAUGGUGCUAUUGGGUAUGCCAAGGGCUUUGGCAAAGGUAUGGCGGGUCUGGUGACGAAGACGGGCGCUGCGACGUUUGGUAUCCUGGCGUAUCCUGGCGUAUCCUGGAGAUGGCAUUGUGAAGAGUUUGAAACAUAUGGCAAAGAGUGGGACAAGAAAGCGUGUUAUAGCGGCCAAGUUAGCGGAGAGUGCGUGGUUACGUGGACAGAUCGAGAACGGAAUCGAUGUGCGAGAGCUCAGUGA